GCGCGCUCCGGCUCCGCCCCCCCACGCCGCUUUCGGAGGCCGAGAGCUUGGGGGGCGCCGUUACUUAGCAACGCUCGAGUCACAGUCGCGGCUCUCCACGCACCCCUAUCCUAGCAGGGCCUAGUGCCUGAUCUUCGCGUGAGGCUCCUCGCUGCCUCGUGUCAGGCCGUGGGAGCCCAUGGAGGGAAAGGAGGAUAAGCAGCAACAGCAUAAAAAAAUAGAAGAUGCUGGUGUAGCAUACGUAGCUGAAAAAAAAGAAGAAAUCAAACAUGACAAAAAACCCGGGGAAAGUGUGCAGCAUUCAAACCCAUGUGUCAGGAGAGGACGUGUAUAUUAUGCGAAAUUCAUUCAUACAAAUGCAAGAACACUCAAUGAGCCGGUUCCUUACAUAGAUCCCCAAAAAGGGCCAGAAGAACAGGGUGACUGGUGGUCACAUGGUAAAGGACUGGAACAUCCCUUCCAACCUCCUUAUGACACUAAGAGCACCCAGAGGAGUGACUUUCAAAAACCAACAUGUCCAUUGGUUUUGCCAAUCAAACACAGCAAAUUGCAAAAGCCUUCUUGUGGAAUAGUUCCACUUGCCUCUCCUGAAGCAUCAGCAGAACUUCAGAAGGAUUUUAUAGAACGUAUCUCUUAUUUACAUCAAUAUGAUGCUAGGAAAAAUCCCAAUGAGCCCAUCCGGGGAAAACGACAUGGAGCUUUUGUGCAGACAGAGAUAAGACGAGGGAAUAGGCCAAUAGUUCCUACGGGAACAGAGGUAUUAUGGAAUGCUCCGGGGUCAUGCUCAUCAGAACAGUCCAAAAAAACAGAGAAAGGAAACUCAGCGGAAAGCAAAAUGAUCUCACCAGGUCUCUGCCGACAAAAUUCCCCAGAGCUGUUAGAAACUGAAACUCACUUAUCAGAAACAGACGUCAGAGACGCAGCCAAGGCAUGCCCCCAAAGUCCCGAGAGAAGAGAGAAGGCUGCAGACACCUUCCACAUAACUGCAGUAAAUGCUCUUCUCCCCAGCCAUGAUCCUUUAAAUCCACCAAUUAAAAGCCAGGAUAAAUCAGGAUAAAUUACCUUCUUCAGAUGAAAAAUCUAAUCCUUGGAAAACAGACAAAUUUCAGAAUCACCAUUCAAGCCCUCAAUUACUUUUUCUGUUAUCAAUAAACUAAAGAAAUUCAAUUUACAUAAAUGGGAAAAUGAAAAAAAAAGACAAUUAAAAUAUACCAGGAAUUGAA